AUCACCUGCCUAGGCCAACUGAUCCAGCUCGCCACCAUCUACGAUAACAUAGGCGAGCGAUCGGAAUUAGUCAACCAGCAGACACGGGACGGGCUCGUGGCUGCGUUCCCCCGCAAAGGAUGGAACUCGUGUUUGACGGCUACGAUUAGGGAGGAGAACUGGUUGAAGCCUUGGGCGCACACUACCGCUUUGGAGGAGGAGGAAUUUCCCGACGGGUGGGAAAGGGGGUGGAAAGUAAUCUUCUAUCGGUUAUAG